AUGCCUGCCCUCUCUGCAGCCACGCCGAGGCUGACGUCAUCUCCUCGCGCAGGCCCCCAAAUGCCGUCGUGGUCGGUCGGUGAGUCGAAUGAACCGCCGACCAGAGCCUGCCGUCUCAUCGACACCGCAUCGUGUCGCCGGCGAGGACUUCGUGGCGGACAGUCAUCCGUCCAGGCUUGGCCGGCAGGCUCGGUCGUGUUGAAAUGGAACCGUCCGUCGGGGUGCGAAGCAGCGUCCAGAACAGAGAGCGUGCCGUGCCGCAGCCGUAUUGCACCAACCCUCGUGGGUAGGAACACUCGUACACGGAGCGUAUGGGUAUACACGUACAAGGUCAAGGAACGACGUGCGGAACUGGAACUCUGCCAGCCAGAGACGGAGGGGGCCUCUCGGAGCGGUGACGGCGAGGGCAAUUCAUCAACAGCAGCAAGGACCCUCCGUGUUCCUCACGUUCAGCAAAACAGAGAGUACUUGCAAGUGCCUUCAGACACCAACAUCGAUGACAACACACAAUACUGGGUAAUAUGCAUGCAACGGUAUCAAGGAGGAUGGCGAGAUGGCAGCCUGGCACCCACCCGGUUCAGGCAAAAGGGCCACUUUCAUGUCGCCCUCUCGUAUGCUAUGCUCCGAACCACGGGCCAAAACACCAAUGAUUUGACUCGAAUGAGCACCGUGAUGGCCACUGCUCGUAUUUCCAUGACGGUGCUGCAAACGUGCCAUAAGCAGGAACAUGAGAGUGCGUGGGUGGGAACCGGUCCCAGCACUCGGUGUGCUAUGCCUGUAGUGAACCGCGCGAGUUGCUUGCAUGUCGGUGGGAAAUCAGCGGUUAGCGCCGGGUACUGGACAGGCUCUGGCGCGGCAUAUCGCCGCACCUCCAGUGCAGAUGCGCCAUGCCGCCGAUUACAUAAUUGGUGCCUCCGCCCCCGCACCGACCAAAUCAAGCUGCACCCUUCAGCGCAAGCACAGCACGGCAGCGCGCGCAGUUGGCAGCGCCUGAAGUCCCUGCGGGUCAUGUCUGCCAUCGACAGGCCGAAGACGCUGAAUCGCACAGUCCCCUGUAUCGCAAAGAAGGCUGAAAUGGGUACCGACGCGAGAUACGAAUGA